AACACGGUACCACAAAGAAGUUUUUAUUUUAUAUGUUUAUGUACUAUCGGAAAAAUUCAUCUACCUCAAUGGCAGGAGGAUUAACGUUGAGUGCAGUACUCACGGCCUUUAUUGCUCUUGUUCUAGUCCAUGAAACUUGUAGUGCUACUGCUAAGGUUAAUCAUCACUGUGCCCCUUCUUCCUGUGGCAACAUCCACAACAUAAGCUUUCCGUUUCGAUUGAAGAACGACCCAGAAAAGUGCGGGGAGUCAAGCUAUGAACUGUCGUGUGAUGAGAACAAUCAUACGGUACUAUCCUUGUUUGAAAGAAAAUACUACGUACAGGAAAUCAAUUACAAUAACUACACUAUCCGGAUCGUGGACUCAGGUAUACAGAAGGAUAAUUACUCCUCCACCCCGAGUUAUUCUUUAAAUCGCCAUAAUUUCAGUCAAUAUCCUUCUGCAUAUACCACUUAUCUGCUGAAGAGGACAGAGUACGAGGGGAUUUCCUUUUCCGAACUAUCAUGGAGUGUGGUUUGGAUGAGCUGUGAAAAACCAGUGAAUUCUCCAUUCUAUUUGGACGCUUCUACUUGCAAUAUUGACAAUGGAGAUCAGUACCCUUCCAACUCUUCUAUUUCUCAUUUCAAGAGAUAUAGAUAUGUUAAGGUUGGCAGAACGAACGCAACCGAUGUGGUGGACUUGUGCAAAGUAGAGCAGAUGUUCAUAACAUCUUGGCCAGGAAAUGAUGACCCAAGUAAUAUUUCCUGUGCAGACGUCCACAACGAAUUGGUAUACGGUUUUGAACUUUCAUGGCUCAGAGGUUUUUGUAAAAGCUAGCUAUUGCGGAAGAUGGAGGCGUGGUGGAUGCUACCUCGAUGACGGGAACAACGU